AAUUUUGUCAAUGUAAAUAUGCAGGUGCGCUUGCCGGACAUAUGUAUGUAAAUAUAACUACCGAGGGACACCGAAACCACUGAGCUGUUUCUCCUCGCGCCAUGGCUUGUUCCGUACACCACAGCACAACUGCUGUCAACUGACUUUACUAGUCGCCUUCCUCAGGAACGAUGUCAGACAGAUAGUUGUUUAAAAGUUGAUUUGACUCGGGAUUUCUUAUAAUCACGGUCAGGUGUUGUGAUGCCCCAGUUAACGGUGGCAACCAUCCUGCAGCUCACCCUACUGCUCUCCGCGCUACCAGCCCAGUACCUCAUCUCCCGGUGGACCGGAGCGUCUGUGGCGCAGCGCUACCAUGCCACCAAACGGUUGUUGGGUAUGUGGGGUGAGUGGAGGAAGUCCUACCUGAACACCACUGUCUGGACAGAGUGGAUCGCAGACCUUAUGGAUAGAAUCACGGUGCUGGUGGCAGGGGAAGAGGAGGGAGAGGUUCCUGGAGAGUCUCCUGCUCUGGAGGUCAUGCUGCAAGACAAUGACCUGGGCUUCUUUGGAGCCUCCCGGUCGGUCCGUAGGCCGCGCCCCCCCUUCGUCUUCCUGCGUGUGGGUGAUGUCGUCAUGGAGCGGAAUGGUCACAUGAUCGGGGUGAUCGUCAGCUGGGACCCAGAGCUCCGAGCCCCCCCAGAGUGGAUGAGCAGGGUGCACCCAAAUGAGGAGGUUACCGCAGAGAAUACCCCCCACUAUAAGGUGUUAUUCAGCGGUCCUGGCCCCUCCUCUUUCCUAGUGGGAUACCUGCCUCAGACCAGGCUGGAACGGGUCACUGGAACCAGGCCGGAGAUCCGCACCCUAGAACAGUACUUCACACACUUUGAUGGAGAGCGGUUCAUCAUGCAGCCCUGGCUCCAAGAGAUCUUCCCUGAAGACUGACAGACAGGGACCACAAGAGUGUGUGUGUGUGUGUCAGUGGGACACCUAACUGGACGGUAGAUGUAAAGAAAAGGACACCUCCUCUCUCUGUUCCCCCACAAGAUCAAUUUAAUUUCACACAGUGAUUUAGUGGAGGGGAAAAGGCUUUUACGCAUUUAGCCACCUAUUGCGGAAAAAUGCAUUGAAAAUAUAGGAAGCAUUAUUUUAUUAGCUGCAAACUGUGAUCAGCGUUUACCCACCUACUGUUUUAACCACUACAUCACUGAAGAUGUCAUACAGUAUUUCAUAUCAGAACAAAAUUAAAGACAGAAUAUCAUAAAGACCUCAAACUUGAAUCAAGAACAGCCACAUUUACAUAAUUUAUUGACAUUCAUGUUUAUGGACAGAAGCUUUGAGGAAAGGCUUGAAUAAAUAUUAUUCUAAACAAAACAAUGACUGUCCAUCCUCGUUUUUGUCUUCAUAUCUACAGUGUGAUUGUGAGGGAGUGUGUGUUUGCACUUUGCUGACGGGGUAGAUGGGUAAUGUAGUCUUCAAAUCUUCUUCCUGGUUCUGUCUUUGUGUCGGAGGUUAAAGGUGACAAACACACGAGAGGUCACAUUGAUGCUAGGCCUGUGUACCCCCUCCCCCACCCUCCCCUCUCCUCCUCUCCCCCCAUCUCUCUCCGUGGCCUCUUCCUCUCUGACCAGUAGGGGGUGCCCCAGAGUCUGUCCCAGCAUGCUGCUAAUCUCAGACGCCUUCAGACGAGCAUUCUCUACUGCUGCUACACACACGCUCCGCCUGGACACACACACACACACACACAUUAUUAUGAUAGUAUAGUGUGUGUGUGUACGUGUGUGUGUGUGUGUGUGUGUUACCUCAAUAGGCUGAGACACUCUUCACUGUGGUAGAAGUGAGGUGUGCUGACACACACACUCUUAUCCAGCUUCUCCAACAGAACAAUACACACUCUCUCCAUCUGACCAAAAUCUGAGAACACCACCAUCACCUGUAAAAACACACACCCACAGCGGUAAGAUUGUUGGGCUAGUAACCGAAAGGUCGCUAGUUCGAAUCCGAGCCGAUAAGGUAAAUGUCGUUGUGCCCUUGAGCAAGGCACUUAUCACAAACUGCGCCAAGAUCACCGCUGAUAAUGGCUGAACCUGGCCCCAUUCUCAGGGGGAGAUGGGAUAUGGAAAAAAACAUUUAAGUACAGUACCAGUCAAACGUUUGGACACACCUACUCAUUCAAGGGUUUUUCUUUAUUUUUUACUAUUUUCUACAUUGUAUAAUUAAUAGUGAAGAUAUCAAAACUAUGAAAUAACACAUAUGGAAUCAUGUAGUAUCCAAAAAAGUGUUAAACAAAUCUAAAUAUAUUUGAGAUUCUUCAAAGUAGCCACCCUUUGCCUUGACCACUUUGCACACUCUUGGCAUAGUAGCUGACGUGUAGUCAUCCGCAUACAUAGACACACUGGCUUUAAGUGGCAUGUCAUUAGAAAAGAUUGAAAAAAGUUAUGGGCCUAGACAGCUGCCCUGUAGAAUUCCUGAUUCUACCUAGAUUAUGUUGGAGAGGUUUCCAUUAAAGAACACCCUCUGUGUUCUGUUAGAUAGGUAACUCUUUAUCCACAAUAUAGCUGUUUUUUUUUCCAGCAGCAGACUAUGAUCGAUAAUGUCAAAAGCCGCACUGAAGUCUUUAUUAUUAUAUUCUCUCAGCCAAUCAGUAAUUUGUGUAAGUGCUGUGCUUGUUGAAUGUCCUUCCCUAUAAGCAUGCUGAAAGUUUGUGGUCAAUUUGUUUACUGUAAAAUAGCAUUGUAUCUGGUCAAACACUAUUUUUUCCAAAAGUUUACUAAGGAUUGGUAACAGGCUGAUUGGUCAGCUAUUUGAGUCAGUAAAGUACUAUUCUCAGGUAGGGGAAUGACUUUUGCUUCCUUCCAAGCCUGAGGGCACACACUUUCUAGUAGGCUUAAAUUGAAGAUGUGGCAAAUAGAAGUGGCAAUAUCGUCCGCUAUUAUCCUCAGUAAUUUUACAUCCAAGUUGUCAGACCCCGGUGGCUUGUCAUUGUUGAUAAAAAAAAUGUUUUCACAUCUUCCACACUAACUUUACAGAAUGCAAAAUUACAAUGCUUAUCUUUCAUAAUUUGGUCAGUUAUACUUGGAUGUGUAGUGUCAGCAUUUGUUGCUGCCAUGUUAUGCCUAAAAUGUGCUAAUCUUGCCAAUGAAAAAAUUAUUAAAGUAGUUACAAUAUCA